CGAAGCACAACAACGUCACGUAGGUGCCAGCGUCUUGUAGGGGAGUGAAGUGCACAGCAUCACAGUAACACUCUGAUAGACCAUGUCUGCUCAGGUCGAGGAGACAGCCCCAGCCCCAGCCCCAGCCCCAGCUGCAUCGGCGUCCAAAAAGAAAAAGACUCCCGCCAGUAAAGCCAAGCCAGCGGCGAAGACUGCCUCUCCAGCAAAAAAGAAGAAAAAGAAGAGCAAAGGCCCCGGAAAAUACAGCCAGUUGGUAAUUGAAGCCAUCCGAACCUUGGGGGAGAAAAACGGAUCAUCCCUUUUUAAGAUAUAUAACGAGGCAAAGAAAGUGAGCUGGUUUGAUCAGCAAAACGGUCGGAUGUACUUGCGGUAUUCUAUCCGGGCACUCCUUUUGAACGAUACGCUCAUCCAAGUGAAGGGGCUGGGUGCCAACGGUUCAUUCAAACUGAAUAAGAAGAAAUUCGAGACCAAGACGAAAAAGAAGAGCUCUGCAAAGCCAACCAAGACAGCGAAACCCGCCAAAAAAACGGCCAAAAAAGCUGUGGAGAAAAAGAAAACCGCGAAGAGCACAAAGAAAGCAAAGACAGAGACCCCUGCCACGAAGAAAACUUCCAAGCCGAAGAAGGAAGCUAAAAAGACAACAGGCGUUGCGAAGAAGGCAAGCAAGACUAAGAAGUCUAAGCCGACAAAAAAGACGAUUUAAGACUCUUAAAACCUGCUUUUCGUAAAUGCUUCAGGCUAAAUGCUUUAUAGUGAUUCUCAAUCGUUUCCCUCCUGCAAUAAGAAUGUAACGUGCAUUGUAAAUAGAGAAAGGCUGCCAGAUAGCCUAUAAUUAAUUUGUCAAAACUUGUUAACCUUUUUCGAUCUAGGCUAUUUGUUUUACUGCUAUAGCAAAUUUAAACAACUAUUCUGGGACACGCCCACAUUUACAUUCAUGGGUUUCAGUUGCUGUUUUUAUACUGUUUUGUUAGGCUACUUUUGUUACCGGUUAAUAGAAAUUAUCUGGACAUGCUUCUAGCCAAAUAAAAGCAUACAUGUUUCACAACAAAAGUGUAAAUGGAAGGAUGCUUGUUUCUCUGCAAUAUUUUCAGUCAUAUAUUACAUCGCAGAAGCAGUGCUGUUAAGGAAACUAUUGUUAUUUGUGCCUGAAUAAUAAACUAGGUGUAAAUGUCAUGGUUUAAACUCAUACAAUUAUUAGCAAUUACACGUCAUGUGAGUUAUGUGCCGAACGUGUUAAACACCCAGCACCACAGUCCUGUUGACUUGGCCUGGCUUAUCUUCGAUUUAAAAUGAUUUUGUGCCAAGCUAGAUGUAGAAACUUGUAAUGUAACUUUUUAAUUUUAUUAUUAUUUUUUUUUUAUUAUUAUUAUUAUUAUUAUUUUUUUAAAUAAUCGUCAAAUCAUGCAGAGUCACAACUUUCUAAGCACAAUUACGGGUUGACCACAGAGAACUGAAAUGCCAAGCACAUUAAGUCAGAAGCAGCAGCAUUUGUCUUAAGAAUACUCUAAAGGUGUAAUAAAAGCUAUAACUGCCAAAUCGCAACUA